AUGUCGUCCACAAUACCACGAUUCUUCUCUCAACCUUUUCGCUACAUGCGAUGGGCAGCCAUUGAAAAGCCCGCCAUCUUCUUCUCCAUAGCCGUCGGAAGCAUUGGACCAAUUCUUGUUCUCACAGUACCAAAGAUCCGUCACAGACUCGGGGACGGACCAAGACCGCAGAUUCCUUUGACAUAUCCAAUGCCUUCUGGACCAAGAAAACCUUUGAGUGGUUACGAUGACGAGUAA